AAAACGACAACAAAUAAAGCGUAGUUGGUUGUUCGAUUCGAUUGCAGUGCGUCAACAAUGGCUACUUCGUCUUCAUCAUCAGGGAUAACAGAGCGAAGAGGAAUACCAGGUGCUCAGUUUGUUGAAGAUGUUCAAACUUAUCUCAACCAAUUAGGUCUCGAUGUUAAUUCCGCCUUAGCUUUCCUUCAAGAAAGACUUCAGCAAUACAAGGUUGUUGAAAUGAAGCUUCUCGCGCAGCAAAGGGAACUUCAGGCAAAGAUACCAGAUAUUGAAAAGUGCUUAGAUGUUGUUGCUACGUUGGAAGCUAAGAAGGGUACUGGUGAGGAACUUAUUGCUGAUUUUGAGGUGUCAGAAGGCAUAUAUUCACGAGCUUCCAUAGAAGAAACCAAUUCUGUGUGUUUAUGGCUGGGAGCCAAUGUUAUGUUAGAAUAUUCAUUAGAAGAGGCUACUGCUCUUCUUCAGAAAAACCUGGAAAAUGCUAGAUCCAGUUUAGAAGUUCUUGUUGCUGAUCUAUUGUUUUUAAGGGACCAGGUGACAAUUACUCAGGUUACGAUUGCUCGUGUUUAUAAUUGGGAUGUCCAUCAACGGAGAACUCAACAAGCUGCUGCUACUGCAAUCACUCAAGAGUAAUCAUGAAGAGAAUUUGUUCACAUUUGAUCUAAAAGUUGUGCACUACCAUCCUUCAGUUUAGAUUAUGCUUCCAAUCUCUGCCAUUCCUAAUUUUGAUGAAUUAUGGGUUCCUUCCUGUCCUUAGUUCCGGUUUCCCCAAAGUAUAUUUUAGGAUAGAAACCAUUUUGUUCGAUAUUUAUAUAUUAUGUUGAUUAUGACCUCUUAACAUUUGUAUCAUUAACGGGAAAGUUUUGUCUGGUAUGAUCCUAUGGGUAUAUUCUCUGCAAUUUGGUUUUACUUGUUUAAUAUUAUAUUGCUGAUCCUAAUGUUAAUUACUUGUAA